AUGGAUGGUAAUAUACAUAAUGCAACAAGAGAACUCGUACGAGCCAUACUGGCUAUUACUCAUGAUCAACGACAUUCCACUAGUGUACAAUCAAUAUGUCAGUAUAUUCAUUGUUCAUUUUCUCUCAACGAUUAUGAUGAUCAUAAUAAUACAUGUCGUGUUACAUCAGCAAUAUCAACAUCUGAUGAAAUUGGAAAAGAAAAUCUUAAUUCUAUAAUUGCAAAAUAUAUUCAUUUAUAUAUUUAUCCAUUAUUUAUUUUCAUGGGUAUAUUUGGUAAUAAAUUAUCAUGUCUUAUUAUGUUUAUUAAUGCUCGUCGUAGUGGUUAUCCAUCUAGUCUUUAUUUAACAUUAUUAGCAUUGGUUGAUUGUUUAUUUUUAUUAAUUAGUGCAUUACCUAAUUGGAUAUCACAAAUAAAUAAUAAAUUUGAUAUAAGAUUUUUAUCAGAUUUUUCAUGUCGCUUGGUUUAUUUCUUUGGAAAUUUUACAACACAUUUAUCGGCUGGUCUUGUUGUUGGUGUUACUGUUGAACGCUUUAUUGCUGUACAAUAUCCAUUGAUUGCACAUAAAAUUAAUAAUGUUACACAUACACGUAUUGUAUUAGCUAUUUUAAUUAUAUUUUUCUUUGUACUUGAUACUCCAGUAUUAACAUUUGUUAAACAUACAAAGGAAAAUAUUCAUAUUGUAUCAGUAUGUCAGAAUGAUACAUCUUUUAGCUAUGAAAGACGUGACGUGAUUCGAUGUGAUGUAACAGGUAAACGUUAUGAACAAAAAUGGGUUUACAUUGAUUUUGCAGUUUAUAAUUUUAUACCAUUUUUAAUAAUUAUUACACUUAAUUCAUUAAUUAUUCGUCGAUUAAUUGAUGCACAACGAUUUCGACAACGUAUGUUUCGAUUUAGUAAUUAUCCAUCAAGACAAAAUCAACAAGAUAUAAAACAUCGACAUUAUUCUCAAAAUCAUCAAACAAUUGAAAUGAAUGAAAAUCAACAUCGUCAUUUUCGGCGUUUUCCCUCUGUUUCAGAAGCAAAACCAUUAGUUAUUCUGUUACAUCCACAAUCGAGUCAAUCAGAAGAACGGCGUUUACAUUAUAGUACUAAAAUAUCAAGUACAUCAACUGAAUUAUCAACAACAUCAUUUGAAAUGAAAAAUCGUUCACGUUAUCAACAUGAAAUUUCAUGUAUAGGUCAUAAAUCAAUAAAUACAUCAAAUUCAAAUCAUACACGUUUAACAAUAUUAUUAUUAUUUGUUUCAUGUUCAUUUUUAGUUUUAACAUUACCAGUUGUUGUUUUUGAUUUAAUUAUAUCAACAAAAUUACAUACAAGAUCAUCAACACUUUAUAAUAAUUAUCUAAAUUCAAUAACAACUGACAAUACUGAUUCUGACAUAUUUCUUUUUUAUACACUUGCACGUUUAUUAAUGAUUAUAAAUCAUUCAGUAAAUUUUAUUUUUUAUUUUGUUCUUGGUAAACGUUUUCGUCAUGAUUUAAAACAAUUAUUUAUUGGUUAUUGGAGAAGAUUAUAUCGAUGA